ACUGGGAACAAAACGAUCAGAAAGGGAACCGUGUUUGUCUUUGACAAGUGUGCAACUCAAAACAAGCCUUUGGUUGCCUUUGAUUAGCAAGACUGCAGUUGUUUUUGGAUGGGAGGAGUCAACAUGCAUUUUACAAAGCUGAGCAGCAGCAUUGAAUAAAGUUCGCAUUGCGCUCACAUUCGUUGCUGCUACAUGACCUACAGGACUUUUCAUGUUGCAGUCUAUAGAGAAUGCCACGUGCACAAACAGUGCCAGAAUAUGUUGUGCGGCUGUUUCGAUCUUUGCGGGAUGCCACCAGGCACCGCCGCUUGUCAGCCCCAGUUGGAGGCAAGCUGGUUUGUCAUUCGAGGUUAAUUGACCUAAACUCACAAGAAGGGCAACGCCUUGCUGCUGAAGCGUUUGUCAAUCAGAAGCUGGUGCAAGCAUUGCUUCGGCAGGAGCAUCCAGCAUUCUGCGCCGUGGCUUCUGCAAUGACAGUGGCUUCCGCCGAAGAAGUUGGGCCCGCAGACCAAAAACGCUUUGCGGACGUUUUUCGGAAGGCGGAGACCUGGCCUCCUGUCAUGGCCUGUUACGGCUUGGACGCAUUGGACGCUUUGCCUGCCCUGUUGAAGUAUUGGUUAUUGUCACACCUGCAGUACGAUGGGGCACCCUUGGCUCUGUUGGCACAAUGGUUGCGGUUGCUGGACUUUGAUGUGGAAAUCUUGAGUUCUGCAGAUUUGGACGAAGAUGCAUUCCGUGAAGAUGUUCUUGCAACCUUUUCAUCAAGUUCAGAUGAAUCAAGGAGAUUCCUGCUGAUCAACUAUUCACGGUCAGUGGUGGGACAGCGCAUGUUCAGCGGAGGCAAUAUUGUGCCGAUUGGUGGGUUGCAUGAGAAGGAGGACAAGGUGUUGCUACUGGAGGUGAACAGCUGGCGGUAUCCCUCGGUUUGGGUUGAUUUGCCAUUGCUUUGGCAAGCAACGCACACUCAAGUUGGAAACGGAAGCUGGCGGGGUUACCUGCGAAUCAAAAAAUUGCAGAACCCAGACAACCUCGGAGACGGGUAUCACAAGUCUUGUGCAGCAACAGAUGCGCCGCCAAGUAUAAAUCUGUACGUGCCUUGAU